AUGAACUCUAUCAAUGCUACAAUCAUUCUUGUCAUGUGCUUAAGCUUACUAAAAGUGCUCAUUGCCAAACCAUUGAUUGGUGGUGGAACUGGAUGCACCACUUACAAGAUAGUAAGUGCGAGAGGUACGGGUGAGAGUCAAGUCCGCCCCACAGGAUAUCGUGGGUUUAUCAACGGAGUUCUAGCUGCUGUACCUGGUGGUGCAAACUACGAGGUCGUGUAUCCGGCAUCAGUAGACUACACGACAGGACCAUUACAAGGUGCUGCUGAUGCCAAUCGAUACUUGACGGCACAACAAAGCCAAUGUCCUGAACAAGUUUACGUUUUGAUUGGAUAUUCGGAAGGUGUAGUAACUCAGACAAUGAGGAACCUAUCAAUUUCGCCUAAUUUGAUUGUCGCGAUUGUGCUGUACGGGAACCCUUACUUCACAUCCGGUGCGCCUCAAAAUAUGUGUUCAGCGAGAACGGGAUCCGGCAUUGCUUCUCUCCUUGGUAUUCGAAUGCCUACACAGUAUUCUUCAAUCACCUUUGAUUGUUGCCUAACCGGGGACUCAAUAUGUCAAACUGUUGGCUCCAUCAUCCCUCACUUAGCUUACGCCGGAUCGAGCAGCGAGAGGGCAGCUAUAAAUUUUGCCGUCGCUAGGCUUUAG